AUGCCGCUGCGGUUAUUCGUGCUGCUUAACGUCGCCGUCGCGUUGACGCUCGCCGUCGCGUUUUCGGAAAGCGCGUACCGCGGCGAUCGGAUCGAGAGACCGACUCGACAAGAAAAUCGCCCGCGAGAUGUGACGUCUCUCGUCAGGUCGCCGUCUCUGUUCUUCUUGCAUCUGCUCAAGCACAAGCUGCAGAUUCAGAAGCUGGAGAAGAUCACGACAACCACCAUGUCCACCGCACCCACCAUGCCCACCGCACCCACCAUGCCCACCGCACCCACCAUGCCCACCGCACCUACCAUGCCCACCGCACCCACCAUGACCAGCAGGCCCUGCAUCUGCGUGCCGUUUUACCUGUGCAACGCUAAUCAGACCAUCAUCACCGACGGCAUGGGGGUGAUCGAUGUCCGGCCUCCGAAUCUGAAUUGCAUCUGCGUGCAGAUAUCGCUGUGCGAUCCCAGCGGAAUAGUCACCAUUUCCGGGGAGGGUGUAAUAGACCCACGAUUCGGCCUGUGCCCCGGCAUCGGCCAGGUCUGCUGCAGGAUACUGGCGACCACGACGCAACCACCUUCGACCUCGAUGACUGCCGCACCCACGACGACGACCACCACCCCCACUUUACCGCCCGGACACAUCCAGUUCUGCUUCGUGUGCGGCAACACCAUUCAGUGCAUCACCUGCGGAAUCUUCGUCGGUAGCGGCGCGAUAGACCCCAGGUUCCCCCUGUCGCAGACCGACCUCUGCUCGAGGAGCUUAACGAGCGAACCACUUUGCCCGAACGCCGGCUCGUCCAGCGUGGAAGUCCUGGGCCCGCUGAAGAACUCGGGCACAGGGCAGGCCUGCUACUGCGUCAGGACCUGGAUGUGCUCGGAGGACAACGUGGUCAGCCCCGACGGCCUGGGUAUAAUCGACCCAAGGUUCACCUCGUGCCCGUCCGCGGACCAGGUGUGCUGUCGCUCCACGGGGAUCGAUUUUCAGAUCCUUCGCAGCGGCGAAACCUUCCUGUCGUCGCCCGAGCGCUUCGUCGCGAACGGUGCGCCCAACCAGCUCUCGCAGACGAUCUGCGGCGUACGGGACACCAGUUACGCGCCCUUGCGGUCUUUCCCCGCCGACUCCGAGAAGACCUACUUCGCCGAGUUCCCGUGGAUGGUUGCGCUUCUGACCAAAUCCGCGAGCGAGCCUCCCGCCUUCCAGUGCGGCGCCUCGAUGAUCAACCACAGGGCGGUCCUCACUGCCGCGCAUUGCGUUGUAAAUCAGAAACCUGAGAAUCUAGUGGCGCGGUUCGGUCAGUGGAACCCAAGCGACAACGCUCCACCGCUGCCUGCUCAGGAAGCGAAUAUCCUCGAGAUAAUCACGCAUCCCACCUACUACAGCGGCGGACUCUUCCACGACGUAGCUGUCCUCGUCCUGGAGGAAGCGGUCGUUUACAGAGCGAACGUCCUGCCGAUUUGUCUGCCCGAACAAGGUAUGGUCUUCGCGGCCGGCACCAGGUGCUACGGAACAGGAUGGGGUGGCGGUUCCCCCGGAGUUGAAGGGAAAUACCAAGCGGAAUUGCGGCAAGUCGGCGUGCCCAUCGUCGAUCGCACCGAGUGCCAGACGCGUUUGCGAAGCACGAAGUUGGGCCAAUACUUCCAGCUGCACGGAUCGUUCAUCUGCGCGGGAGGUGAAGCGAAUAGAGACACGUGUCGCGGCGAUGGCGGCGGACCUUUGGCCUGCCAGACUGCUACGGGGCGAUUCUUCCAGGCUGGCAUCGUGUCGUGGGGCAUCGGUUGUGGCGCCUCUGAUGUGCCCGCGGUCUACGCCAGCGUGUCGCAGCACCGUCAAUGGAUAGACAAGCAGCUCGCGACUUACGGGGUGCAGUGAUGUAAUAACUCUGCAUAAUGUUAUUCUUAAUUCAACUACUGCCAUGUGUGUCUUGUGCAAUAUCGCUUGCGUAAAUUAUUUACCAUGUAUAUGU